AAAAUAUGAAGAUCAAAUUUUAUAAUUUGCUCUAAUAUCAUAAAUCUCCAAUAAAGUCUAGUUUACACGAUCAUGAUUUAUUUUUAAAAUCUAUAUCAAAUCUCGAAAUGGCUAGCUUUCUAACUCGUCACUUCCCGUGGUUUCCCUAUUCUCGGUUUCGCUUCCUGAAAUGGUGGAUAAAGAAAAACUAUAAGAUAAACUCAGUAAGCAAAAUACGGAGUGCCCCUUAUUAAACUUAUAGCAUGCCAACAAGUGUAAUCACGAAAAAUGGAUAUAGUGCGGGAACGAAAUAAACGUAUCCUCUAUAGGUCACGGCCAGUGUUAUAAACCUCCCAUUGGCAGGCACACUAUUUGCUGGUGUAUAAACCCCACUAGCAAGGUUGAACGAACCGGUUCUAUCAAUAACAUGUCGACAUGUGCUAGCGUUUAAUCCCCACUAGCAGGGUCAUUAAUAACAUGGUUAUAUCCCCGAUUCAGUCCCUCAACUUUCAUUUUUGAACUAAAACUACCCUCGAACUUCAAAAAGUACUAAAAAAAUCCUUGAACUUCAAUUUUUGGGACCAAUUUCGUCCUUCCGUCGACGGAAAUGACAAAUGGCACGUUAAGUUGCCACAAAAUCAAUUCUUGUUUGAAAUCUUUAAUUACGUGGAAAAUAACUAAUCCACGUCAUCCUUCAUUACUCCGAUCAUCCCGCAUUACUCCGGUCAUCUCUCCGGUCAUCCCUCCGGUCAUCCCUCAUUGCUCCGAUCAUCUAUUACCACUCCAAUCACCAUCUACUUCUUCCCCAAACCUCCUCCCUAAUAGAACUCAAUAAAUCUGAUUCAAAAAAUCAAUUCCUCUACAAAUGUAUAUCAGAUCUGCAAAGAAAAAUGGAAAAAACACCACAUUCCUUCAAUCAACAUCAACUAGAUCUGGAAAUUCAAGCAAUCAGAAACCACACCAAACUCUAAAUCUCAUUCAAGCAUAACAAGCAAUCAGAAACCACACCAAACUCUAAAUC